UAAUUUAGAUAAAUGACACUGGCAUGGACUUAAACUGGAAAUGUAAAGAGUCACCGUUUGAUCAUCAUAUUGUUAUCAGAUUACAAAUAGCCUCAUCUGUAAAUGCAAGUUUGUGUUUCAAAAAUUGUACGAAGAUUAAUAGUCCGUACAACCUGACUAUACUGGAGUACAAAACAGACCAAGAUGCCUUAUUAGACUUUAAAAUUUGUGAUGAUCAGCUACAUGCUAACAAUCCGUAUGCCAACACGCAGGUAAACUUUUCUGGAGGAGUUCUUGACGAGGGCACUAGAAAUGAUACAAAAUAUAUCAAAUUAAAAAAGUCUAUGACUCUUGACUAUGAACACCCACCAAAGAACUUAACAAGUUAUGUGAAGAUUAAAGGCUCCAUAGCGCUUACUAUAAAUAUUAAGAUUGGAGACGCGGAUGAUCAAGGAAUUGAAUUUGAACAAACUGUUUAUAAUUGUAGCAUAUCUGAAGGUACAUUGCCAAAUGUGACGACUGAAUGCAAAGUAAGGGCAAAGGAUCUGGAUACGGGUAUAAAUCAGCAGAUAAACUACGAACUAUUUUCGGUGACACCAUCUGACAAGGAUAUUAUUUUUGAUGUUACGAGCGAAGGGUCUCUGCAACUCUUAAAGAAACUAGAUAGGGAGAAAGUGAAUGCUUAUUAUAUAACUGUAAAGGGGUUUCAAACCAACAAUAAAGAUCGUGCAAACUACACCAGUAUAAAAGUUGACGUCACCGACAUUGAUGACAACAAACCUGAAAUGUUAAAGACAACUCACAAUGUUUCAGUCAUGGAAAAUAGUCCGGUGGGAACUAUCUUGUGUGUAGUAUCGGCUACUGAUAGGGAUAUUGGUGUAAACGCGAAAUUUAGAUAUAAGAUGAACAACACGAGCGUAUACUUUGCUGUGGAUGAAAGUACUGGGUUGAUUACUGUAAAAGCAUCUGUCGACCGCGAAACUAUACAGUCAGAGGAACUUAAG